AUCUUAUCGGACACAAUGAAUUUCAAGUCGUUCAUCACUUUGUUCUUUAUUGGCGCCACCAUGGGUGCCGCAAUCCCUUCGACCGACGGAUCGGCCGCGUCCCACUUGGAACGCCGCGAUACUACCUGCCACAGAAAUUGCAUUAACAGUUUUUACCGCCGCUACUUCUUUGGUAAUCCAUUGGUCAACUAUUGCACCAGAUUUUGCGCAGCAAAGGGCAGGCCGGGGUCGGGUCGUUAGUUAAAUCGGGGGAUUUAUUCAACAUCCAUUUGAAUACUCUUCCAUUACGAAUGAAUGGAAUACUUAACGACACAAUCCGCAAUCGAAAAAAAUAUAUUCACCAACAUCCAGAGCACGGAUUACAAAACUGUUCAAUUCACCACCUUUACCACAACUUCCACCAACACAGCUUUCACCCCUAAAAGGUCUUCCAUUAGUCCAUUACAACCUGCAUUACUACAAUUGGCACAACCAUUGGCACAACCAUAACCACGAUUGAUUGGAAACGAUAAUAGUUGUACACGUCUUGAUAUACAUGCAUAUCGCUG